UUUAUCUCCCACUCAGGUGAUUAAUGCAAUAUCGCUAGAAACAAAGGUCACAUCAGGAUGCAGGGGAGCACAACAAGAGCUCAGGGAUUUGUUUGCGGCUACUGUCGGGGCUGAGAAGAACACGUUGUUUGUGGUUUUGUAGGACAUAACUCUUAAGACACACAUUGAGAAGUGAAAGUCCAAAAUAAUAAAACACACGCAUGCAUGUUUGAAUAUACGAAUGACCCAUUAUUAUUACCAUUAUUACAUCAUACAUAUUUUUUUCAUGUUUUUCCAGAAAUAGAGACACAUUUUGGUAUAUGUUGUCUUUGCUUUUCCUUUGUUCACUUAAUGAAGUGGUUCCUAAAUUGGGGGUUGGGCAUGAUCAAUAGAGAAGGUAAUGUUUGCCACAAUUGUUUUUCUUGGCUUUUCUUCAGUCUUUUUAAUACUGGGUGGUUUAAUAUUUGCUGUUUUUCAAAAAAACAACAAUCUGAGAGUUAUAAAUGCUUACAGAGAUAUGCAUCCUAUAAUGAGGGAUACCAAGUUGGUAUGGAGAUGUUUUCAAGUAGAGCUGAAGCAAAAAGCUGACUGAAAUUGAUAAUUGAAAAAUAAUUUUGACUUUUAUAAUCAAGUCAUUUUUCAAUCAAAGAAUAUUGAAAAAGGGGCUUAUUGUUUGGUUCCAGCUUCUCAAAUUGGAGGAUUUGUUACUUUUCUUUGUCAUACAUGGUAUAUUUUUAGUCUUUGGGCAAAAUAAGACACUUGAAGAUGUCACCCUGGAGUCUAGGAAAUAAUAUCACUAAUAAUUUUAUUCAAAAAUGAAGUAGAUCAAUUUAUGUAGAAAAAAAUAAAAUGCAGCCCGAGUCACAAACCAAAACAGUUGGGAAACACAGACAUAGUGCUGUAUAACCACAUACUGAUCUGUUACUGUAAGUCAAAGGAAAUCUGUGCAAAGACACAAGAAACAGACAUAUUUAUUGUACAAAACAUCUCCGCUGAGCCUGGCUUUCUGCUAGCAUUUAUGCUGUCAGCGUCUGUCAAUACUUUAAUGCUGCUUGAAACAUGUCGAGUCAUUUUUCAAAAUGUACUCGAAUCCAGUGAGAUGUGUCAUAGCACAUGCACGAGUGAAGAGUAAGUGGUGGAACAUCUAUAGGGUUGAAAAUGAACGCUCUCUCUGUAGGCGUUCCCCCAUGACUUCUGUAUCGUUUCAUUUAGAGACACCAAAUAUACAAACUGUUGACUGCUCCUGAAUUUAGGCCCAACCUUGCUGUAUUCUUCCACGGUUAUCAUUUAAAGUGAUUUCAGUUUGCAGUGCGAGCAAAAUGCCCCACUUUAAAACUGUAUUUCAAUACAAAAGCCAGUGUAAUUAUGCUCUCUGCCUUCUUUUUUCUUGUUGCUGUUAUCUAUAUUAUAAUCUCUGGUUUCAGCGUUUAUACUAAAGCGCACUCUCUAAGGUAUUCCACCAUCAUGGUUUCUCUUCCAGAGAAAUUACUGGUGUUAAAUGAAGCAAUGAUAUUCUUUAUAUGUGCCAGCUGUAGUGCAAAUGGGUUUCAGCCUGCCAGGAAAUCCAGUUCAUUUUGUGAAGAUGAGGUUGAAGAUGGACAGAGUUAACCAGAAGCCAUUUGGGCUUUGAACCAACAUUCAGAUAAUGUUGCAAUCAAACUGUGCUUUUGUGUGUAUGUUUUCCAAUGUUCUAUUUCUACAGAUUUCAUUUUGAUAAUCAUUUAAGAAGACAUUCAGGAACAAAUGUACAUCUCUAUCUAAAUGCAUUCACCCUGAACACAACUGUAGGGCUGCAGAAGCAAUAUGGCAAAAUAGCCCUGAGCGCACAAUGUUGUCUUCGUGCAGUUUGUUGCAUAUUCAUUCAGAGACUAUGGAGGUCCUUUGUUGGGAUCUGAUGCUAAAGUUUCCCAGUAAAGGUUGAGGCUGGCAGAGGCUAUUAAAUGAACAUCAACACAUUAAAAUAAACAUCCAGAAGUCAUAUAUGAGUACGUGCUGAUGAAGGAGGCUGGGGAGGUGGACGGAGAUACAUUCCUGAAAGCAGGCAGCUGUGUAGUACCGAGAAUAUAGAGCGCCGUGUUUCUGUAUGCAGACUGAAUGAGCACCAAAUGUUUAUACAGACUAACGGACAUGGAUGUAUGUGGAGGUGUAUGCCCGAGGCUUUUACAUCCAUUCCUCAGACCUGCAUCUUUUACUUGGUAUAAAGAGCAGGAAUAGAAGUAAUAUGAGCUCCAUCUAACUCUUCCCUCUUGGAUUUUUCAUUGGCUUUUAGUUUAAUGUCACUCAGCCAGAAAACUCUGGUUCUUUGGCUGUGCAUACUGAGAUCAGCUGAACCAAUAAUCACAACAACAGCUCUGCUUUCAUCAAAUGUUUCUAUAUCAACAGUCAACAAAAGCACACAGAGUUAAUAUCACAGACAAAAUACACAUAUACUGUAUAUAUGUGUGUAUAAUAUUUCCUUGUCCUCUAAAGGUGAAUGGUAAGGAGUUGUCCAAGUCCAGCCAUGAGGAGACUGUGGAGGCCUUUCGCGCUGCCAAGGACCCCGUCGUGGUGCAGGUCAUCAGGCGGACCCCUAGCGGCCGCCCCCACGGCCCCCCUCAGGAAAUCCAUGUGGUGGAUGUGUGCACUCAGACCGACAUCACCUUUGAACACAUCAUGGCGCUGGCAAAGCUCCGGCCUUCGACCCCUCCUGUGCCUGACGUCUGUCCCUUCCUGCUCUCUGACAGCUGUCAUUCUCUUCAUACAAUGGACCAGGAUUACUAUGAAGGGACGGGCUACCUCUCCCCCGUUCCAGCUGACGGAGAGAGGACAGAGGAGUUUGAGUACGAGGAAGUGGAAUUGUGUCGACUCAACAGCCAAGAGAAGUUGGGACUAACUCUGUGCUACAGAACAGAUGAAGAGGAGGAUGUAGCCAUCUAUGUCAGUGAGAUCAGUCCAAACAGCAUCGCUGCCAGAGAUGGACGCAUCCGAGAGGGGGAUCGCAUUUUACAGAUUAAUGGCCAGGACGUACAAGACAGAGAGGAAGCAAUGGCUGCACUCUCCAAUGACGAGAGUAGGAACAUCGUACUGCUGGUUGCCAGACCUGAGAUGCAGCUGGAGGAGGCCUGGCUGGAUGAUGAGCACAGCGAGUUCCUGGAGCAGCUGAAGAUGGAAAUGUUAGAGGAACAACAGAGAGAGGAGAUGGAAUUGGCUGCCCGAGAGGAGGAGCAGGAGAAUGAGCAGAGAGCAGAAGAUGACAGGCCCACCUGCUCCACACUCCCCCAUCAUAAAGAUAGCGUACUGAGAAUAAAAGACAGAAUGGAGAGCUCUGAGCAUAAUGUCCUGGCACACAUCCAGAGACGUUUGUCCCAGUGCCUGAGAGACAAUCUGGACACACACCAUAUCGCCGGCUCCACGCGGCUGGAGGACAAAGAGGAUGAGGACGAUGAUGAGACGGAGGGUGAUCGAUUCCAGCAGCUCUUGGAGCUGAAGUGUCAGAUACGCAACAGCGGCGAGUACGACCUGUUCUACAGCCACCGCAGCACCAUCGAGUGCAGCAUUGGGGAGGAGGGCGGCGUCCAGCAUGAGCUACGAAUGCUCAACGAGGAGUUGCGCAGCAUCGAACUAGAAUGUCAGAACAUCAUGCAGGCCCAUAACCUUCGUAAAGGCCAGCAGUCUCCCUCCGCGGGCCACACUGCACCCUCAACCAAAAACCAAAGCCUCCAUCGAAGUGACCCCGCAAGGGGUAAGCUGACUGACAUUAAUGGGAGGCUGGAGAAAUCUGACAAGGACAGCUCCAGUGCCUAUAACACGGCGGAAAGUUCACGAAGCACACCUCUGGCAAUGGACCGCUCCCCGGAGCACUCACUGCAGAGAAUGGUCAGCCUUACCAACCAGAGGAACCUGUGCAGCGGCCUUGCCACUGGCCCUUCUCUUAGCCCAAGCCCCAUCCCGGCAUGCCGUGCUCCAGUCCCAGGGAAAAGAAGCAGCCCCGACCACAGCAAUCCUUCUGAGUCAACAACUCAGGCUGAGGAGGAGAGCAGAGGGGAAUUAAAGCCACUUGCCUCCCAUAUUCCUUACUUUUCUCCAUCGCACAGUUCCCAGCAGAGGCAGGUCAACAUCCCAGCACAUGCCCGCCACUACCAGAGCUACAUGCAGCUGAUCCAGCAGCGCUCAGCUGUGGAGUACGCUCAGAGCCAGCUCAGCCUGCUCAGUGUCUGUAAAGAGCCUCAGAGGCCCAUUGAUGAGCCCAAGAUGGAGUGGAAGGUCAAGAUCCGCAGCGACGGCACACGCUACAUCACCAAGAGGCCUGUGAGAGACAAGAUCCUGAGGGAGCGAGCACUAAAGAUUAAAGAAGAGCGUAGUGGGGGAAUGACCACGGAUGAUGAUGCAAUGAGUGAAAUGAAGAUGGGGAGGUACUGGAGUAAAGAGGAAAGGAAGCAGCACCUGGUCAGAGCAAAAGAACAGAGGAAAAGGCGAGAGUUCAUGCAGCGUAGUCGGCUGGAAAGCUUAAAGGAGAACCCUCAGAGCAGCAGUGAGGGACGCAAGGAGGUCAGCAUUAUAGAGCUCAGUCAGAAGAAGAUGAUGAAGAAACGCAACAAGAAGAUCCUGGACAACUGGAUGACCAUCCAGGAGCUGAUGACUCAUGGUACUAAGGCCCCUGAGGGAGCCAAAGUGCACAACGCCUUCCUAUCAGUCACUACUGUAUAAAAGAAAAACACACACAUUCUACCCACCUUGCGGUGUAAUAUACUUGCCUCGUUCAAUGUGGCGUUUUUAUGAGGACAAUAGGAAUAUUUUUCACAAUUUGUAACCCAAAAAGCAUUUUGUAAAGAAUUUAUCAGUGGUGUCAUGGCAUUUUCUUCAUGUUUUUCAGUAUGUUUUUCACAUCACUCUGCCGGGGGAAAAAAGCAUUUUUCUAUGAA